GCGCGGCUCGUUCCCCGCUCCCCGCUCGUUUUGAGGAGCUUAAAAAGGGGAGGGGGCUCCCGGCAAGAUCCCCCUCCCCGGGAAAAGGGGAUGCGCUGAUCGCUGCCGGAGGGGGAGGCCCCGAAGCUUUGGCCGGGCAAAGUGGGGGGCUCGUCGGAGGAGACGGCGGGAGGAGGAGGAGGAGAGGAGGAGGAGGAAGGCCGGCCUGGCCCGCGGGCAGCGCACGCAGCCGCCGGGAUGUUGCAGAACGUGAAUCCUCAGAGCAAGAUUUUGGGGGAGGGCAAUGCCGGCCUCAUGGCUCUGGCCACGGACUCGACGCCGGGCAAACGCAUCCGCAAACCCUCCCUGCUGUACGAGGGGUUCGAGAGCCCCACCAUGGCCUCGGUGCCUUCCCUGGCCAGCCCCCAGGUGAAUCCUCCUCCUCCCGAGGUUUCCAACCCCAAAAAACCCGGCAGGGUGACCAACCAGCUGCAGUACCUGCACAAGGUGGUGAUGAAAGCCCUGUGGAAGCAUCAGUUCGCUUGGCCCUUCCGCCAGCCCGUGGACGCCGUCAAGCUGGGGCUGCCCGAUUAUCACAAGAUCAUCAAGCAGCCCAUGGACAUGGGGACCAUCAAGAGGCGCCUGGAGAACAAUUAUUACUGGGGGGCAGCAGAGUGCAUGCAGGACUUCAACACCAUGUUCACCAACUGCUACAUCUACAACAAGCCCACGGAUGACAUCGUGCUGAUGGCUCAGACUCUGGAGAAGCUUUUCCUGCAGAAAGUGGCUCAGAUGCCCCCAGAGGAGCAGGAGCUGCUGCUGCCCCUGGCCAAGAACAGCCACAAGAAAGGGGCAGCCAGGGCUGCAGCCCUGCUGGCAGGUCUGAGCAGCCCAGCCCAGCAGGUCCCGGCCGUGUCGUCGCUGUCCCAGCCCUUCGGUCCCACCGAGAUCCCCACGACCAUCGUCAGCCUCGCGCACCCGUCGGUGAUCGCGGCGCCGCUGCUGAAAUCCCUGCAGCACCCCGGGGCCCUUCCCAGUAAUCCCAGUAAUCCCAGUAAUCCCAGCAAUCCCAGUAACCCCAGUAACCCCAGUAAUCCCAGUCCCACCGUCCUGGCUGCCCCCGCGCCCACGCAGCCCGUGGCGAAGAAAAAAGGGGUGAAGCGGAAAGCCGACACCACCACCCCCACCACGCCGGCCAUGGUCGGCACCAGCGGCGGCGAAUCGUCGCCGUCCAUCGCCGACGGCGCCAAAGCCGCCAAAAUCCCGGCGCGGCGCGAGAGCGGCCGGCCCAUCAAACCCCCCAGGAAGGAUUUGCCGGAUUCCCAGCAGCACCAGACCUCCAAGAAGGGGAAGCUGUCGGAGCAGCUCAAGUACUGCAACGGGAUCCUGAAGGAGCUGCUGUCCAAGAAGCACGCGGCCUACGCCUGGCCCUUCUACAAGCCCGUGGACGCCUCGGCGCUGGGGCUGCACGACUACCACGAGAUCAUCAAGCACCCCAUGGAUCUCAGCACCAUCAAGAGGAAGAUGGAAAACCGGGAAUACCGCGACGCGCAGGAAUUCGCCGCCGACGUUCGGUUGAUGUUCUCCAACUGCUACAAGUACAACCCUCCGGACCACGACGUGGUGGCCAUGGCCAGGAAACUCCAGGACGUGUUUGAGUUCAGCUACGCCAAAAUGCCGGACGAGCCCCAAGAUUCCGGCGCGGCCUCGGCGUCGGCGCCGCUGCCCACGGCCAAAUCCUCGUCCGAGGAAUCUUCCAGCGAUGAGGAUGAGGAGGAUGAGGAUGAGGAUGAAGAUGAGGAUGAGGAAAGUUCCACAGAAACGUCCUCGGAGAGCGAGGAGAGCUCGGAUUCCGAGGAGGAGCGAGCCAAUCGGCUGGCGGAGCUGCAGGAGCAGCUGCGGGCGGUGCACGAGCAGCUGGCCGCGCUCUCGCAGGGCCCCGUGUCCAAGCCCAAGCGCAGGCGGGAGAAGAGGAAGAAGAAAAAGUCGGAGAAGCACAAAGGGAGAGCGGCCGACGAGGAGCGGCAGCGGCAGGCGCAGCUCCGGCGCGCCAGGAGGAGCGCGGCCGGCGGCGGCAGCAAAAACCCCAAAAAAUCCUCCAAGCCCCCCCUGCCUCCCCCCGCUGCCUCUCUGCUGGACUCGGAGGAGGAGGAGGAGUCCAAGCCCAUGUCGUACGACGAGAAGCGGCAGCUGAGCCUGGACAUCAACAAACUGCCCGGGGAGAAGCUGGGCAGGGUCGUGCACAUCAUCCAGUCCAGGGAGCCCUCGCUGAGAGACUCCAACCCCGAGGAGAUCGAGAUCGACUUCGAGACCCUCAAAGCCUCCACGCUGCGCGAGCUGGAGCGCUACGUGCUGUCCUGCCUGAGGAAAAAACCCAGGAAACCCUACAGUGAGACCCUGAAGAAGCCGGUGGGGAAGACGAAAGAGGAGCUGGCGCUGGAGAAAAAACGGGAAUUGGAGAAGCGGCUGCAGGACGUCAGCGGGCAGCUGAACUCGGCCAAGAAACCCCCAAAAAAGGCCAGCGAGAAGCCGGAGUCGGCGGCGGCGGCGGCGUCGCGUCUCAGCGCCUCCAGCUCCAGCUCGGACUCGAGCAGCUCCAGCUCCUCCUCCUCCUCCUCGGACACCAGCGACUCGGAUUCAGCCUAGAAUUCCCAGAAAAAAUGAAAAAAAAAUUUUGUUUUUUUUUUUUUUUCCAUGGGAAGGGGAAAAAAAAAAUCGCGGAAAAAAAAAAAUCGCGGAAAAAAAAAAAAAAAAAAAAGCCCAGAAAUGAAAAAAAAAAUUAAUAAAGAUGAAAAUAAAGUGGGUGGAGAAUGGAGGGGUGAGGAAGAGGGUGGGGGUGGAGAGAGAGAGAUUUGGAAUUUUGGGGGAUUCCUGGAGGGAAUUUUUGUUUUUUUUUUUUUGUGGGAAAAGGAAAAAAAGUUGCGGGAAAACGGCGCAAAAAAAAAAUUCAGGAAAAAAGAAAAUGGCCCAAAAAAUGACCCAAAAAUUGAGAAUUCCAGGAAAAAAUGGAGGAAAAAAGAGGAGUUUGUGGAAUUGUUGGGAAAAAAUCCUGGAGAGAAAAAUUUUCAUGGAGAAAACGAAAAUUCCCAGAAAAAAAAUUUCAGAAGAAAUGGCCCAAAAAUGGAAAAUUCCAGGGAAAAUUGAGGAAAAAAAAAGCAGAAAAAAAAGAAGAAUUUGUGGAAUUGUUGGGAAGAAAAUCCUGGAGGGAAAAAAUGAAAAUUCCCAGAAAAAAAAAGGGAAAAAAUCGCCCAAAAAAUGAUACAAAAAUUGAGGAAAAAAAUCCAGAAAAAAAGAAGAAUUUGUGGAAUUGUUGGGAAAAAAAUCCUGGAGGGAAAAAAUGAAAAUUCCCAGAAAAAAAAAAGGAAGAAAAUUGAGAAUUCCAGGAAAAAUUGAGGAAAAAAAUCCAGAAAAAAAGAAGAAUUUGUGGAAUUGUUGGAAAAAAAAUGGCCCAAAAAAUGAUCCAAAAAUUGAGAAUUCCAGAGAAAAAUGGAGGAAAAAAAUCCAGGAAAAAAGAAGAAUUUGUGGAAUUGUUGGGGAAAAUCCUGGAGGGAAAAAAUGAAAAUUCCCAGAAAAAGGAAAAAAAAUCCCCCAAAAAAUGACCCAAAAAUUGAAAAUUCCAGGAAAAAUUGAGGAAAAAAAUCCAGGAAAAAAGGAGAAUUUGUGGAAUUGUUGGAAAAAAUUCCUGGAGGAAAAAAUUUCCAUGGAAAAAGAAAAGUUUGGAGGAAAAAUGGAAAAAAUUCCCAAAAAAAAGGCACAAAAAUUGAAAAUUCCAGGAAAAAAUGGUGGAAAAAAACUGGAAAAAAAAAGAAUUUUUGGAAUUGCCAGAAGAAAUUCCCUGUAAAAUUAGAAAAUUCCUCGAGGAAGAAAAUUUUUUGGAAAUAUGAAAAAAAUUCCUGGAAAAAACGGCCAGAAAUUAAAAAUUCUGUGGAAAACAUCAGGAAAAAAAAUGAGGAAAAAAAAAAGAAAUUUUUGGAAUUUCUGGAAAAAAAUUCCCUGGAAAAUGGAAAAAAAUUCCUGGAAAUUGAAAAUUCUGGAAGAAAAAAUCUUGGAAAAAUUCCUGGAAAAAACUCCCAGAAAAUGAAAAUUUUGAAGGAAAAAAAUUCUGGAAAAAUGAGAAAUUUUUGGGACUGGAUUUUCCCCCAAAAAAAAAGAAAA